AUGCCGCCCGGGUUCGCGGCUGCUGUGGGACAGCUCGAGACGUUUGUCCUCCCGGAAAAGGUUUCGGGGUCCGUCUCAGACCAGGCCAUGGCCAAGGCCAUGAUCGACGCUUGGCGCCGUGAUGGAAUCCUGCAGGUAACCAUGUCGCAGCUCCAGCGGCAGCGAUACCAGAGCGCAGACGCGUCGAGCAGGCGCUUCUUCCGCCGUCCCGCCGGGGAGAAGCAGGCGUGUGUGGACAGGCGCAGCUACGCCGGCUACAUUGCGUCGGGCGAGGAGAUAACGGAUGGCGUGGCCGACUACUCGGAGAUUUUCACCGUGACCAAGGAUCUGUCGCCCAGAGAUAAAAGAGUCGCCCAUGGCUGGCCAUGCCACGGGCCGUGUCCAUGGCCGGAUAGCGGUAUGAAGGCUGUCAUGGGACGAUACAUGGCCGAUCUAGGUGCGAGUGGAAACAAGCUCCUUGAGUUGAUCGAGCUGGGGCUUGGCGUCCCCACUGGGUCGUUGACAAGGUAUACCGACGACGGCUGGCACCAUAUGCGCGUCCUCAGGUUUCCUGCCCGACACAAUACCAACGGCAAGGGAAAGGACGGGCGCGGCAUCGGCGCUCACACGGAUUAUGGGCUCUUGGUCAUGGCUGCGCAAGAUGACGUCGGAGGGCUGUUUGUGUAUCCACCACAACGAGGGGGCCGGCCCGUCAAUUGGCGACAGGGCGCCGCCGGAGACGAGGAGAACGAGCCGGGCUGGGUAUACGUGCCCCCGACGCCAGGCACCUUGACCGUCUUUCCCGGCGACAUGCUGCAGUACAUGACCAAUGGCGUGCUCCGGUCGACGCCGCACAAAGUCGGGCUCAACACGCGCGAGCGCUUCGCCUUUGCCUAUUUCCACGAGCCCAACUUCCGGGCCGUGGUCAAGCCACUUCCGGGGUACAGCGGCGGACAGGAGCCGGCUGAAGGGAUCCAUUACGGAACGCACUUCACGAACAUGUGUCGUCGCAACUACCCGGACCGCAUCACGACGAGGCGGUUGGUGGCCGAAGGACGAUACCGGAUGCUGGACAGCGAGAAGCUCCGCAACGGUGGGCCAUCAUGA